AUGGCAGCCAGUCGAGCUGAAGUAACGAAGUAUGCUAAGGGAAAGCCCAGCGUUGGCUGUGUAAUUUGUCGCUCAAGAGACCGUGGAGCUCCGGCAGUACUAGCAGUUGGCUGGAAUGGGUUCCUGCCAGGUUUAACUGAGGAGCAACUUGAAAGACUCAAAGCCGAACUCUCCAAAGAAAAGCAGAUGACUAGAGAACUUGCUCUUCAUGCUGAGGAAAACGCCCUACAGUACUGCUCUGAAGACCCUUUGAAGGCCACCGUUUACGUCACUCACGUGCCGUGCACAACCUGUACAAAACAACUUAUCGCACGAAGAGUUAGGCGUGUUUAUUACCUGUAUUGGAUGACAGGUUGUGACACCUCAAUAAAACUAUUUAAGGAAAUGGACAUCACUUGUUCAGCC